UUAUCGAACUGAAGGGGACGGAGCGGGCGCUCUCUCUCUAUUUCUUCACCACCGCUGUUUCUUUCUUUCUUUCCUUCGCUUCCUCUCUCUCUCUCUAUAUCUCUUGGAAUUCGAAGAGAGUGAAAUCUAGGGCUUCAUUUCUUCUUCUUCAGGAGAAAUAAUCUGGGGAUAGCUUGUACAGUAGAAGCAAAAAUCGAAGGGAUCUCAAUUUCUGAUUAAAUAAAGAAGCAACGAGAAGAUGAGCUUGGAUUCGGUCCCUUCGAACGCUCAUGGAAACCUUGAUGAGCAGAUUAAUCAGCUCAUGCAGUGCAAGCCUUUAUCUGAGCAAGAGGUAAGGAUGCUGUGUGAAAAGGCUAAGGAGAUUUUGAUGGAAGAAAGCAACGUUCAGCCGGUUAAAAGUCCUGUUACAAUAUGUGGUGACAUCCAUGGUCAAUUCCAUGAUCUGGCUGAACUUUUUCGAAUUGGAGGAAAGUGUCCAGAUACAAAUUAUUUGUUCAUGGGAGAUUAUGUUGACCGUGGCUAUUACUCAGUUGAAACUGUAACGCUUUUGGUAGCACUGAAGGUGCGCUAUCCUCAACGAAUUACCAUUCUACGAGGAAAUCAUGAAAGUCGUCAGAUUACUCAAGUUUAUGGGUUCUAUGAUGAAUGCCUACGGAAGUAUGGCAAUGCCAACGUUUGGAAGAUCUUUACAGAUUUGUUUGACUAUUUUCCACUGACAGCAUUGGUUGAAUCAGAGAUAUUUUGUCUCCAUGGUGGAUUAUCCCCUUCCAUUGAAACCCUUGACAACAUACGUAAUUUUGAUCGCGUUCAAGAAGUUCCCCAUGAGGGUCCCAUGUGUGAUCUUUUGUGGUCUGAUCCUGAUGACCGCUGUGGCUGGGGCAUCUCACCAAGAGGCGCGGGAUAUACUUUUGGCCAAGACAUAUCUGAACAAUUUAACCAUACGAACAACUUAAAGCUGAUUGCCAGAGCUCACCAGCUGGUUAUGGAAGGAUAUAACUGGGGUCAUGAACAAAAGGUGGUUACUAUAUUUAGUGCACCUAACUAUUGCUAUCGAUGUGGAAACAUGGCAUCCAUUUUGGAAGUUGACGACUGCAAGGGUCACACAUUCAUUCAGUUUGAGCCUGCUCCAAGGAGGGGAGAGCCAGAUGUGACCCGUAGGACGCCUGAUUACUUCCUAUGAUUCAAGUUGGAAGCAAGUCAUGAAUCACCCUGGCUAUUGCCUCCUAGCUGGUUUUUGUGUUGAGGGCUUUUUCAAAUUUAAGAUUAUAAUUGCAAUGGUGGUUGUUAGGCGGCGAAAAAAUCAGGCUUCCUUGAUUUGAUUGUUAGUAUUGAUGAUGCCCUGGUUCCACAAUAGGAAUCAGUGGAGCUGGGAAGCAAUUGCUGCAUAUGUACCAUUUCCAGCAAACAAUGUGGCAUCUUUCAUCCCAUUUUCUUGAAUUUUUUUCAUCUCUGUAGAAGGGAUGUUGAUCUGGGGAUAUGUAGAAGGACAAUGAUUUGACUUAC